CACAAAGAUUAUUUUUCUUGAAUGAGAAAAAGCGUCGUUUGUCACCUUCAGCCAGAAUGUUGUCUUAUAUCUGCCUGAACUGGGUUCUCCUGGUGCUGCUUACAGGCUCCACAGUAUCGGAAUUACUUGUGACAGGAGAGGUUGGUCAGAACAUCACUGUCCCCUGCCACUACAGUGUCCAGGAGUCAAAUGACAUCACAUCCAUGUGCUGGGGUCGGGACAGGUGCCCCAAUUCAAAGUGUUCCCAGACCAUUAUCUGGACAGAUGGCUGGAAGGUGACAAAGCAGCACAGCAGCAGGUACCAGCUGAAGGGGAUCCUGUCGAGGGGGGACGUGUCCCUGACAAUCGUGAACGCCAGGGAAGCAGAUUCUGGGUUCUAUUGCUGCCGUGUGGAGAUCCCCGGGCUGUUCAACGAUCAAUUGAUUAAUCACAAGGUUGUGAUAAAGAAAGCAAAGAUCACUACUGCAAGUCCUCACACUUACACCUCUGAACAGACCUCAGCUGCUGGCAGCACCAGUGAAUCCUCCUUUGCUGUCACAAGGACCUGGCCAUUGGUUUCUGCUUCAGAAGCUCCUCAGACCGCCUCUGCUCCCUGCUCAGGCCCCUCAGACUGCUUGGAUGUGACUGCAAACCUGCAGAACACGUCUGUAUCACUUCCCAGUCUGCAGGAUCCAGAACAUGGGCUGUACAUUUGGAUUGCCUCAUGUGCAGCACUUCUGCUAAUCCUGAUUUUGGCUCUGUUCCUCUCUAAACACUAUUUUUACAACACAAAGAAGAUGGGUGGUUCUGCAGGCUUUGUUGUAUUUUGGAAGCCACAAGGUGUCGGGAGCCAUAGUGCCCUGGAAGAUGAGAAUCAUGCAGAGGAAAAUAUUUAUGUCAUGCAUUCCAGAAUGUCCCACUUUGUGCUGUUUCACUGGAUGGUGAUACAGAUCUUUAUAGCACCCACGGUGUCUGAAGCCACGGUGAGAGGAACAGAAGGACAAGCUGUGACACUGCCCUGCUCCUACCCAGUGACACGGCGCAGGGACAUCUCCGACAUGUGCUGGGGCAGGGGCCGCUGCCCCAGCUCCAAGUGCACCAACAAAAUCCUGCACACCGCUGGCAGCAGGGUGACGUUCAGAGCAUCUCAGAGGUACAACCUGCACGGCCAUGUUUCCUUUGGAGACGUGUCCCUCACCAUCGGGGCAGUGAAGAUGGAGGAUGCAGGCGUGUACUGCUGCCGCGUGGAGAUCCCCGGCCCCUUCAACGACAUCAGGCGCAACAUCUGGCUGGAGGUGGCCACAGCCCCUCCAGUGACCACCACCACCACCACCACCACCACCACGAGAAAUGCUCCUGUUUUCUCCGAACAUUUUACAGAAACAACUUUUGCUCCUCAAGCAACCUCUGAUCUCCAGGCAACAGCAGAGACUGCAGUCCUGCUGACAACCAGCACCUUUCCACCAGAAACCACACACCCCGAGUUUCUAGCAGGGGAGACCUCUGCUCCCCCAGCAAUUGCUGGGACAGAAGAUGACAUUUUCCCUGUAACUAUGGUGGAAACAAGUGCUCCCCCAGAUUUUCCAACUACUUCCCAAGCAGCUGAUGUGACAAUUGAUGAUGUCAUGUUCUGCUCCACGCUCCUUGGAAGUACAGAGGUGGCUACUGAAUUCCCAAGUACUCUUCCAACUGCAGAGGAAACCACCACCUCUAUCCUGAUGGAAGAGAUUUCAGCAAAUUCAGAUGGCAAUGCUGGGAAACGUGAAGAUAGAGGAGAUAAGAUUCCCAGCUCUGUCAUUUUCAUUGCCUGUGUCACAGUGGGGUCCAUCCUUUUCAUACUGAUGGUCUCGUUGGUUUGGAAACGUAAACAGGCAAAGAAGUUCAUAGUAAAAAGUGUUGGACCUCCAGAAGAGACUGACAAAGUUUUCAGUGGUGCUGAGGGAGAAAACAACAUUUUUUCCCUGUGA